CGGCUUGGUGGUGCGUUUGGGGCCAGUGAGGCGGUACCUUCGGAGUCUCCUUCACUGCGGCGCAAGCGAGCUCUUCGGAACACAAAUGGCGGAGGGGGAGUUGGACGUGGACUCGUUGAUUUCCAGGCUUUUAGAGGUGCGAGGAUGCCGUCCGGGGAAGAUCGUCCAGAUGACGGAGGCCGAGGUGCGGGGCCUCUGCAUCAAGUCCCGGGAGAUCUUCCUCAGUCAGCCCAUCCUUCUGGAGCUGGAGGCGCCCCUCAAAAUCUGCGGUGACAUUCACGGGCAGUACACGGACCUUCUGAGGCUCUUUGAGUACGGCGGCUUCCCCCCGGAGGCCAACUACCUGUUCCUGGGCGACUACGUGGACCGGGGGAAGCAGUCGUUGGAGACCAUCUGCCUCCUCCUGGCCUACAAGAUCAAGUACCCUGAGAACUUCUUCCUGCUGCGGGGCAACCACGAGUGCGCCUCCAUCAACCGCAUCUACGGCUUCUACGAUGAGUGCAAGCGGCGCUUCAACAUCAAGCUGUGGAAGACCUUCACCGACUGCUUCAACUGCCUGCCCAUCGCCGCCAUCGUGGACGAGAAAAUCUUCUGUUGCCACGGAGGUCUAUCCCCUGACCUGCAGUCUAUGGAGCAGAUCAGACGCAUCAUGAGACCCACGGACGUGCCCGACACAGGCCUCCUGUGCGACCUCUUGUGGUCGGACCCGGACAAAGACGUGCAGGGCUGGGGCGAGAACGACCGCGGCGUCUCCUUCACAUUCGGAGCCGACGUGGUCAGCAAGUUCCUCAACCGCCACGACCUGGACCUCAUUUGCAGAGCCCACCAGGUGGUGGAAGACGGUUACGAGUUCUUUGCAAAGAGACAACUGGUGACGCUUUUCUCGGCGCCCAAUUACUGCGGCGAGUUCGACAACGCGGGCGGCAUGAUGAGCGUGGACGAAACCCUCAUGUGCUCCUUCCAGAUCCUGAAGCCCUCGGAGAAAAAAGCAAAGUACCAGUACGGCGGCAUGAACUCCGGUCGGCCCGUCACUCCUCCCCGCACGGCGCAAGCUCCCAAGAAGCGAUGAGGAAGAAGACGAGACGAGAGGAAAGGAGCGUCGGCGUCGUCUGCUGCUUCUCGCGCCCGCCACGUAGACCCGCCGACUAAAAACAGAACAAAAACACGCAGCCCACUUUUUCUUUACCUCCCGCUGAACUGCCCCUUGCAUCUAUCUACUUAAACAUUAAAGAAAUAAAUAUAAAGCACACGCA